AUGAGAAAAAUAUCAGAUUUUAUUAAUUUAUUAACAAAGUUUUUCGGGUUAUUAAAAAAUGAAAUUUCAAAAUCGGUUAUUAUAUUUUUAUCAUUGAGUUUUAAUAGGGGUUCUAAUACAACCAUCGACAUAGUGGUUGAUUUUCGGACAAAGAUUCCAAAGUCCUAUCUAGAUUAA